UCGAUGAUAAUCAUAAUAUCUCUUGUACUGAUCAUCAUCCCCUAUCAGGCUUCCAUUGGAAUAAGGGAAAAGAGAAUAACUUCGAUCAUUAUAAAGAACAUCUUGUUGGUAAUCUGUUGCUGCGACAUAAUAGUGAAUCUUAGAACAGGGUAAAUAUCUUAAUUAAAAUGUAUUUUAAUUUUAUAGCAAAUUUUAACAAUCGAUCAAUCGAUUUUUUUUUUAAUCUUUAUCAUUUAAGACCACCAAUUAUAAUUAAUCCUUAGUAUACUAAAAACAAUUUGAAUCCUCGAGUGAGAUAAGAUUUUUUUUUUUUAAAUCCACCGCAAAAAUUAAUCGUUUAAAUAAAAUUAACUCAUUAUCUUCACCCACCCAAUCCAAAAUGCCAAAUUUAUUCUUCAGGUACUUCGACAAAGACGUGCAUUCCACGGAGUUGGAUCCAAAGAAAAUAGUCGAUAAUUAUCUAAAGCGUGGCACAUUUAUCGUGGAUUUCAUCGGUUCCUUUCCAACCGAUAUCUUGUUUUUAGGCGCGCUAGAGUUAACAAUAGCCCGGAAAUGGACGUCCCUAUUAUGCAUCUUCCGCAUUUUCUCUCUCGCCAAUUACAUCGAGAAGAUAACCUCCCUCUACAACAUACCCCUAAUCGUCAAACUGUUGUUCGUGUUAACAUUCUGGUUGCUGCUGUUUUUCCACUGGCAAAGCUGUUUGCAAUGGUUGAUACCAUUAAUAAAUAAAUCGAUAUACGAGCUGAAACGUCCCGCCAACACAUCGUGGAUCGAGGUGGCAAACUUGUGGGACGUUUCCAGGAGUGAACAGUAUCUGCGCAGUUUAAAACGUGCCAUAACCACGUUUAUGAGAGUCGGCCUGAUUUACAUACACCUGGACAACGCGGGUGAAGUUUAUCUGAUCAUAUUGAUCCGUAUAUUGGGCAUGAUCGUGCCCUGGUUCAUAGUGACGUGCGUGUUGAAUUUCCUCCAAGGUGAGAACAGCUCCCGUUUGAGAUACCAGGGCACCGUGGCCCAGUUGAAACACUUCAUGAGGCACAAACAAUUACCGUAUCCCACCCAGAAACGGAUCAUCCAGUACUACGAGUUCCGUUUCCAGUAUCGAUUCUUCCGCGAGUCGGAAAUAAUAAACACGAUAUCGACCCAGAUGCGCCACGAGAUAAGGAUGCACACGUGCCGGAAGCUUGUCGAGAACGUGACGUUCUUUAACAAUUUGCCGUUGACGUUGCUCGGCCAAAUCGUGGCCUUGUUGAAGUUCGAGAUAUUCUUGACCAACGACGUGAUCGUGAGGGUGAAUCAGCCCGGUGAUUGUAUGUACUUCAUAGCCUCGGGCACGGUGGGGAUUUACACGGACUCGGGCAAGGAGGUGUGCCAUUUGGACGACGGGGCUCACUUCGGCGAGGUCGCGCUUAUCAUGCCCAACGAGCUCAGGGUGGCAAGCGUGGUGGCUGUUGAGAUGUGCGAGUUGUACCGGUUGAAUCGUGCCGACUUCAUGAGAACGAUACAUCCGUACCCUAUGCUGUGGGAGAGGAUCAAGAAGAUCGCGAUCGAGAGGCACGAGAAAACGAUGAUACUCACUAAGUAAUUGUGAUUAUUCUUUUGUAAGAGAAAUAAAUUUUCGUUAUUACUAUUUAUUAGAACGAAAGAUUGAUUGGAAUCGUGUUAUCGCGUUAUGGAAAUAAUUUCCUUGUUUUACUUAAUAUUGAACAGAGAGAUAGAAUUUAUGGAUUUUCGAACGGAUUAGAAUUUGUAUCAGCGUGCUACAUGUUAAUGAUAAGUUGCAUAAGUUGUUUUUUAUAAUUUCCUCUUGUAAUUUGAUUAAUUACUCGUGUAUAGGGUAUUGUUAUUAUUAUUAUAUAUGAAACUGGUGGAUGUAAAUCUCAAUAAAUCGUUCGAUACGAAGUUCAAAUACGACGAUGUUAAUUUUCUGAAUCUUAUCAAAUCUUAAUUUUCCUAUGGCGAUAUUACGUGAAAUUAAAAUUAUCAUUUCACGAAGUCCAUUUCGCGCAUUUUUCUUUUCUACGAGAUUAACGUCAGAAUUAUUAAACGGUUAAACAGUUAUUUCCUUCUUUAAUCUUUCUCUCGUCAAGCUUGCCAAUGCCUCGAAUCUGAAUAAUUUAACUUUCCUGAGAAUCCUA